CACGCUGACUUAAAGUACGGAUUUAUAUAGCCUACAUGUCUCAUUGUGCUUUUUCUCCCCCCAUUCACCCACUCCUCUCCACAUCCAACUCCCUCCUUCCCUCGCUCGCCCCCUUUUCUCUGUCUCUCCGCAGCAGAUCUUGGCACUGACAGAUGCGUUGUCACGCGUAGGAGUCCAGAACCUUUCUCCAUCUCUCUGGGGUUUUUUUCGGCACUCACCCUCCUCCUCCCAGCAUCCCUAAUAAGACACAUGCUCCUGGGCUGUGUUGCUCACUCACGUUAGGAUCUCCUGGCAAGCUCCCGCCACACUCUUCUCUCUCUUUUCUCGGUUUCGCCCCAGGCUUCAUGGGUUGAAGGGCAGUUUGCGUUGUCCACAAGAUCUCAUCUCACCUCGGCUCUCCGCACCCAGACUUCAUCAUUCUCAUCUUCAUCAUGUUGAGUGCUAUGGUUUGUUCCCCAAACAUGUUCGGACUUGCAGAGGCCUCCAGCCAAGGGCUCCGUGACCGACUGUAGUCGACUCUGUUCCACCUGCCACAGCGUGAAAGGGGCGCCCUCAGCUGUGAUCUGUCUGCCUGCAGGCGGGACCCAGCGUGACUGGGCAGCAGGGACUAUGCAUUUGGGACUGGUGGUGCUGGCAGUGGUCUUCCUCAGCUCCAUGGGUCACGGCGAUAACCUCAAGGCCUUCAAAGCAAGAAGACAGAGACGGAUAAGCACUGAAGUACCACCAUCAUGCUCAAAUGGCUGCGAACACUGCUCAGAGUACAACGGCUGUCUUAAAUGUCGACCCCGACUCUUCAUCCUACUGGAGCGGAAUGACAUCCGUCAGAUUGGCAUUUGCCUCGCUGCCUGUCCUGUUGGAUAUUAUGGCAUUCGAAAUCGGGAUAUGAACAAAUGCACACAAUGUAAAAUAGAAAACUGUGAGGCAUGUUUUAGCCGAAACUUUUGCACAAAAUGUAAGGAGGGCCUGUACUCACACAGAGGGAGGUGUUUCUCUAGCUGUCCUGAAGGAUUCACCAUCAAUGGCACCAUGGAGUGUGUAGUCCAAUGUGAUCUAAGCGAGUGGAGUCCAUGGGGCCCUUGCAUGAAGAAGAACAAAACAUGUGGCUUUAAAAAGGGUAACCAGACCCGUACCAGGGAGCCCGUACAGAUUCCAAGUCCUGCCACUUCCACAGGGGCCGCGCCGCCCUCGGGCUGUGUCCCAGAGACACAGGCCCAGAGAUGUACCGUGCAGAAAAAGAUCCCUUGCAAAGGGGAAAAUAAAAAGAACCCACAGAACCGUGGAGAGAAAAAUGGCAAGAACCGUGGACGAGACUCCAAGGAAAGUGGCAAAAAGAAAAAAAAGACCCCGAACCGGUCCACCACUGUCCCCACCAUUACAACGAGCAUGGUGACCUAACCUUAUCAUGGUGUCAGGUGAGCCUGAGAAAGGAGAAGGCCUGGCCCACCUUUGUUGGCUGAAGACAAACAGUAUUUGAUUGUGACAUCAAAAUUAUGCAAAAAAAAAAAGAAAAAAGAAAAGGAAUAACGCUGCUACACGUAAAACAUGCUCAAUGAGAACUGGAGGAUUGCUGUACUAAAUAAUGAACUGUGUAAACUGAGUAAAGCUUGGGGGAACCAAGGGGCUGGGUUGGUUAGUCUCAUGCUAUUUGGAAACACCCAGAAAGACUGUGCGUGUGCAGGGUCGUCUUUUUGUAAGCCUUCCCACAGGAAACAACAUUGUUUGUGGUUGGCAAAAUGGUCCAUAUGUUUCACUUUAGAUCUAUCAGAAAGGUUUCUGAACUAUAGAAGACACUGCAAAGGCCCGCCGUCCAAAAAGAACAUCUAAAAUACAUUAGAAUCUCUUGUGAUUCACCUAAUCCAGCUGUAAUCACAUUCUUUUUAUCCAGAGUUGGAUCUCCUUAUGUUCGUGACAGGUAGCCUACAGUCUUGAGUCUGUAUGUGAGUCUGUGUCAGAGUGAAAAGUAUUUUUUUUUUAUGUUUUCUUUUUCUUUCUGUUGUUUAUAACAAAAGAAGGCACUGGAACUGAUAUUGUGGUUUACAGAGAGAAUGUGGAGAAAGAAGAACUUUAAUGAUGAUGAAACUAUCCAAACAUGAAGAAACGCACUUAUAACUUCCAACCGGUAGAGCGGUUUUACUUGUUUUAGUGGUCUAUGUAAAAUAAGUAUUUUGUUUAGGGGAAAAUAAAUACAAUAUUUUCUGCACAGAUGAAGGCAGCGAUAAUAUGAGGAAUGUACAGUGUUUAAGUAUGUGUAUGAAAGAUGAAAGAUUGUGUGCGUGUGUCAGAUUGUGUGUUUUUGAAUCUGUGUUCUUGUGUGCACCUUUGUGUUGUAAAGCAAGGAGAAGAGAGAGGUCAACAGUACAUUUCUUGUGACCAAACCAGUUUGGAACUAAACCAGCACAAUGCUUAAGCAGCAUUGAUUAUAUGCUAUAUAGGUUUUUCAUUGCUCAGUUAUCAUAUUUGCAACAGGUUCAAUAUAUCACAUCAUUCAUAAUGCUUUGCAACAUUUAGUAUCAGUAUCAGAGGAAGGAAUGCUGUACAUCCUACAGUUAUUUAAAUGUAGCAUCCAGUCACACUUAGUCUGUUUGAUUUCCACAGCAUCUUGACCAUGGGCUGCAUUUUCCAAAAAAACAUUGUAAGCAUAAGUAGAUUGUUGAGACCUGUGGUGCUAAUGGUUUCUACCAUAUACUAUAGGCUUACUAUGCUUUUGGGAAAUGCAGUGGGUAUUUACAUUACAAUAUACACCCCGAAUGAGAAUUAUAACACUGAAAAUGUCAGCUUCUGUUUAUCUUGAUGCAAUAUACAUAUUGUUAUUAUAUAUAUAUUUCUAUAAAAAUCUACAAGGCAAAUAAACACUUAAAUAAA